AUUAGAUUUAAUAUUGUAUUUUAUUUUUUUAAACAAUAAAAGGUAGAAAGAAAAAAAAAAUCCUUCUGUACAGUUGCAUUUUUAACUUUCUCCUGAACCUUCAUAGCUGCUUAGAUUCUUCUCCUUCAAGACUUCAUAGCCACCCCGACCACUAACCCCAAAAACUAGGGUUUCUGGUGGCCUCUCUAAAUCCUUAUCACCACUAUAUCUACAAGUGUUUUAGUUAUAUAAAUGACGAAAGCUGCAGCUGGAACCACUAACCCUGGCGGUAAGAAUGGAGUCCGUAUCGUGGUGGCUGGAGACCGGGGCACUGGAAAGUCGAGCUUGAUAGUCACCGCUGCUGCUGACACUUUUCCGGCCAAUGUCCCGCCGGUUCUGCCGCCCACUAGGCUGCCUGAGGAUUUCUACCCUGAUCGGGUACCCGUUACUAUCAUCGAUACUUCCUCUAGAGUUGAGGAUUCUGGUAAAGUAGCUGAAGAACUAAAGCGAGCUGAUGCAGUUGUUCUUACUUAUGCAUGUGACAAGCCAGAGACUCUUGAUCGAUUGAGUACCUUCUGGCUUCCAGAGCUUCGCCGUUUGGAGGUGAAGGUGCCAGUCAUAGUGGUGGGUUGCAAGCUGGAUUUAAGGGAUGAGAGCCAGCAGGUGAGCUUGGAGCAAGUGAUGUCACCAAUAAUGCAACAGUUUCGGGAAAUUGAGACUUGCAUCGAGUGUUCAGCAUUUAAACAUAUUCAGAUCCCUGAGGUUUUCUACUAUGCCCAAAAAGCAGUGCUUCACCCAACUGGUCCACUAUUCGAUCAGGAAUCACAAACUUUGAAGCCUAGGUGUGUGAGAGCCUUGAAGCGUAUUUUUAUUCUCUGUGAUCAUGACAGGGAUGGUGCCCUCAGUGAUGCAGAAUUAAAUGAUUUUCAGGUCAAAUGCUUCAAUGCUCCAUUACAACCUUCCGAAAUCAUAGGUGUUAAGAGGGUUGUGGAAGAAAAGUUACCUGGUGGAGGAGCCACUGAUAGAGGAGUCAAUGAACGAGGUCUUACUCUCACAGGAUUCCUGUUUCUCCAUGCACUUUUUAUAGAAAAAGGACGUCUUGAGACAACUUGGACUGUCCUCAGAAAAUUCGGAUAUAACAAUGAUAUCAAACUUGCUGAUGAGCUAAUUCCAACAUUCAAACGAGCUCCUGAUCAGAGUGUGGAGCUUACAAAUGAAACUAUCGAGUUUUUGAAGGUUAUCUACGAGUUGUUCGAUAGUGAUUACGAUAAUAACCUGCGACCUGUAGAACUUGAGGACAUCUUUUCUACUGCACCAGAAAGCCCCUGGGAUGAAGCUCCAUACAAGGAUGCUGCAGAGAAAACCGCAUUGGGUGGACUAUCAGUUAAUGCAUUUUUGUCAGAGUGGGCCCUUAUGACACUUCUAGAUCCUUCUCGUGCUGUGGAGAAUUUGAUCUACAUUGGAUAUCCUGGUGAUCCUUCUGCUGCUGUCCGUAUAACAAGGAGACGGCGUCUAGAUCGCAAGAAACAACAAACAGAAAGAAAUGUUUUCCAAUGUUUUGUCCUUGGACCCAAGAAUGCUGGGAAGUCUGCGUUAUUGAAUUCUUUUGUUGGAAGGCCAUUUGCUGAUGAUUCUUUGACUACCGAGGAGGGUUAUGCAGUGAAUGUUGUUGAUCUACCUGGGGGAAUUAAGAAAACCCUUAUUUUGAAAGAAAUUCCUGAGGAAGGAGUUAAGAAACUGCUGUCCGAUAAGGAGUCUCUGGCAUCAUGUGACAUAGCAGUGUUUGUUCAUGACAGCUCUGAUGAGUCCUCAUGGAGGAGAGCUACUGAAUUGCUUGUUGAAGUUGCUGGUCAUGGUGAGGAUACUGGCUAUGAGGUGCCUUGCCUAAUUGUUGCAGCUAAAGAUGAUCUAAAUUCUUUUCCAAUGGCAAUACAAGAAUCUACAAGGGUUAGUCAGGAUAUGGGAAUUGAGGCUCCUAUUCCCAUCAGUUCCAAAAUGGGUGAUACCAAUAGUGUCUUCCGCAGGAUUGUUAAUGCAGCUGAACAUCCUCAUUUGAGUAUUCCUGAAACAGAAGCAGGGAGAAGUCGCAAGCAAUACAAUCGACUCAUCAAUCGUUCUCUUAUGUUUGUUUCAGUUGGAGCUGCAGUGGCCAUCGUCGGGCUGGCUGCAUACCGUGUCUAUGCUGCAAGGAAAAGUACAUCUGGCUGAAGGAUGGAAAUUUACCCAUUGGCAAGAGAAUUUGCAUUUAUCCUGAUGCCCAUUAGUUUGUAAACUUGAAAAUUUUUUGACAUCAGGAUUUUAACAGUUUGAAUGGGAGAGUUUCACCAGUUGAAUGUACUGCAGAAAUAUGUACCAUGAAAUUAGUUAUUUUGCAGGUCUUGUGCAAUGAUAAAAAUUUUUGCUA